AUGCGGUUAAGAAGUAGGAAAAGGGAGCGGCCGCUCUCAAGCAAGAGAACUUCAAAAGUCACCAAAUUAAAGAACAUCCAAUCCAUUAAACCUCUGUCCAAACCGGACACUUGGAAACCUCUGCUGAAAAGGGAGAAAAAUAAUGGUGUGGCUGACACACCAUUCUGCAUCACACGAUCACAGAAACUGAAGACUCGUCCCGUUAGAACCAAAUUAAGUAUGGAGAAACCUUUGGAUACCUUGCAUAAGAAGUCUAAACACAAAGAUGAAAGUCGCACAAAGAAACCAAUCUUCCAAACAGUGGUUAGAAGUACCAACAAAGAUACAGUAUCAUCUUCAACGGCAGUCAAAAAGCCCCAAAACGAAAAGAUCUUAACUACAUCCAAAACAAAAGAGGUCCGUACAACAAAGUCUGUGCAACUAAGACACAGCUCUUUGAAUAGAGAACUAAAGAAAACUGAGCCCAUUUCAUCAGCCAUGAGUUCACCUCGCAAAACACGGCGUAUGGACAAAACUGAUAAGUCAGCUUCUUUGAACAGUUCACCAAUACGGAAAGUACGGCAAAUGGGUAUCAUAACGCCAAAAAUAACCAAGUCCUCUGUUAGUUCUACAAAUGAGAGUCCUAAAAAGAGAACGAAGAAAGCACCCGUUGUACCAGAAACGAACUGUUAUACAGAAGACAAUGAUGUAACCAUGUAUGAAGCUCAUACAACAACAUUUGUAGACUUCCCAACGCAGAAGUCCGAGGAAUCAGAUUCUGACGGUCAGGUUGAAUCGUCAGAGUUAUGUCUACCCAAUGACUGCCUCAACGAUUUCAUGGCUAUUGCAGAAUGUGCUAGUCUGAUUAAUGAAGAACUGCCAGCUACAGAUGAAGAUAUUAACUUUUUAGCCGAUAAAGCAGCCAGAGUGAUGACUACAGAGAAGACUGAUGAUAAGAAGUCCAGAAAUAACUCUGUAGAUAAGAGAUUGACUAAGAGAAGGAAGUCCAGCAAUGAUCUGGAGAUGUAUCAGCCUACUUCAACGACCGAUGAUUUGGAUAAUUGUACUGACUUUUUAACUAAUGGGGAAAAAUAUGUACAGCCUGACUUCGUCACUCUGCUAGAGCAGGACGGCUACGUGCGCGACUCGGAGUGCGAAAUAUCCUCGACGUGCGACACACAAGGCACUGCUAUAGAAAAUCUCGAAGCGCUGUCAGCACGCAGUCCUAGCUCUGGUUUCUUGGCUGAGAUCAGUCAGAGUUUGGCCGCUGAAGCUGCUGGAUGGAAUGGAACGGAGAUCGCGCAAGACGAAUCAUCGCUGGCAUGCCACGAGGAGCAGUCACCAACAGACAUAGAGGAGGAAGCCGCCGACGUGAUCUCAUCAUGCAGCAACCGAGUUGACUGCGAGCAAAUCUCAUCCUGGGUUGAUGCUUUUGAUCCCUAUUUAUUUAUUAAACAGUUACCUCCGUUAGAGACGGUAGCGACGGGUGCUCUGCGAGCCCGCUACCCAGCACUGCCAUUGAAGACCAGGACUAGUCCAGACUUCAGUCUUGUUCUGGAUUUAGACGAGACGCUGGUGCACUGUUCACUGCAGGAGUUGCCGGAUGCAAGUUUUCAUUUCCCAGUGCUCUUCCAAGAUUGUCGGUACACAGUGUUCGUCCGCACCCGGCCGCACUUCGCGGAGUUCCUGUCGCGCGUGUCGCGGCUGUACGAGGUGAUCCUGUUCACGGCCAGCAAGCGCGUGUACGCCGACCGCCUGCUCAACCUGCUCGACCCGGCGCGACGAUGGAUCAAAUACAGGUUAUUCCGUGAACACUGUCUGCUUGUAAACGGCAACUAUGUAAAGGAUCUGUCGAUACUCGGCAGAGAUUUGAGGAAGACAGUUAUAGUGGACAACAGCCCGCAGGCGUUCGGUUACCAGUUAGAGAACGGCAUUCCAAUAGACAGUUGGUUCGUGGACCGCAGCGACAAUGAGCUUCUCAAGCUGCUACCUUUCCUGGAGCAUCUCGCUACUAAAGACGACGUUCGACCGUACAUCAGAGACAAAUACAAGCUGUUCAGUUAUUUGCCACCUGAUUAA